GGGUUCUCAAUUCAUAAUUUGUGAUGUACAUUGACGCUCUCUAAUAUUUUAUCUUAGGUAGAUAGCACCAGCUUGCUCUGGAUUUUGCCUGGCCAUAGAUAAUUAUUGUUAGCCAAGAAAACCAGCGAUUCCACUCUAUCAGCUCCCAUACGAUCGCUAUCUCCGCAGAUCCACUCGAGCUUCCUUUAUUGCUCAUCUUAACUCAAAAUACCCUACCGGCAACUCAUCCUAUCAUUCAGCACAUUGCAGACACACUCCAAACUUUUGACCUCUCUCUUGUUUCAAUAUCUGAAGCGCAAAGCAUCUAAUUCUCACAAUGUCUGAUCAAACAGUCAACCUGCCACAACUCCUCAUCAUAAUCCUAGUCGGAGCGUUCGCAGUACGGUAUUUAUUUUUCUCCGGAUCUAGUAACGGUUCCUCGGGUUCAAAUCGCAACAGCGCAAGUAACGUUCGAGCGCGAGAGGCAGAUGUAGAGCGUAUACAACAGAUGUUUCCGCAGGUGCCAAGGAGGAGUAUCAUGUGGGAUUUACAGCGAAAUGGAGGGAAUGUAGUGGCUACCACGGAGCGGAUAUUGAGUGGGAGAGGCUUAGAAGUUCCUCCUCAAUCUUUCCAACCUCCACUCCCAGCACCCGCCGCCGCCUCUUCAACAUCAAUCCAAUCUUCUAAGCCUACCCAACCAGAUUUAAUAACACGAUACAAUCUGAAAGCUAAGCUAGCAGAAGAACAAGCUGAAAAACGAGAGGCUGAAGAACGAGAAUCGAAACAGAAGCAAGGGGGAGGGGCAGCUUGGAGUUCUAACAAAAAUGAAAGACAGGCGCUUUUGCAGAAGAGAAGAGAAGAGAUGAUUCUAGCGGCUAGGAGGAAAAUGGAAGCGAGAGUCGCGAAGGAGGUUGAGCAGGGUGGAAGUGGGUAGAUUGGAAUGGGAUGGGGGCGUUUUGAAAGGAUAUUGAGAUGAGAGUGGGGGAAUGGGAGGAGAGAAGAGAAGGGAGAUGAUGGAUGUGUGCAUGGUAAUGUACAACUUCUGUAUAGCUUGUCCAUAACGGUUUUGAUAGUGGAUUUGAUUCUCGAAUUCUCAAAAUUAAAGCAGGUGUUUACCAUUUCAAUUAUGGCCAGUGCCAGGUAGUUCUUGAAUGCUUGAUUCUAUAGGAUUUAUCUACGUUCUUUUGGGAAUGAUAAUUCCUGAAUUAGGUGUUUGAUGUAUGUUUCUAUGUGAUCAUAUCUUGGGACAAAGGAUUGUACGACAGUUUUAGAUGGAGAAGGUAGUUGCAGUUUGAUUGUCUCACACAUCUUUCCAUAAUCCCAAAGUAUUUGCCGAAGGUGGAGCA